GUUUAGCUUUAAAAAAAAAGAAAAAGAAUCUCCCUCGGCAACCAAUUAGCAACUGCAACAACACACCGGAAGCGGAAGAGGUCGAAUACUAUUAUCACAGACGGAUUGCAGGAAGGACCUACUGGAGAAUUGUUUUGCGAUAAAAGGCUGAAAAGAAUUCAUGGAGCUUACUGAACUUCCUAGAGGCCUUAGCACACUCCUUCAGAGUCAGGAUAUUAUUCCAGUUGAGGUAUACUGAAAGCAAGCUGGAUGUGGCCACUGGAAGCAGCACUGUUUUUGACACCACCAUGGACACUAAAAAAGCACCAAGCAGUGCAACUCGUAAAAUAAGCCGCAAAGAUGGAAGAUAUCUGGAAGACUCUAAUACACAUAUCAGCAAAUCUGUACAUCGAAGCAGAUCCAGUAGGGAAAAGUCUUCUCGCAGCCCCUUGCGUGCCACUACUCUGGAGAGUAAUGUAAAAAGUCAUGUAGCAUUCAGAGAGCCCUUAGCUUCAUACAGGGAUGCUAGUGCCUCCUCAACUCCUAAUGAGAGGGAUAUCUUACAGCCAGCACUUGGCCUUAAUGCUGGUGAGCGAGAGGAAAGGGACUUUGAAAGCACACGUUCAUCAGCAGUGGCCAACACUAAUGUUCGAUACCUAAAUGACCCACCUGCAAUUGAUGCAUUGGAGUUGAGGUUAUCUGGAUCCCCCAAUGAACUUGCAAAUUCUGCUCUGCACACUUACAGAGGAGUAAGAGCAUUUGAGACUCUUCAGCCAAACACAUCAUUCAACUCCUCUAACAAUAGACUAGAAACUUUGAAGAGGCGGCAACCAGAUGCUAAACUUGAGAAGCUGAAAGAGCGCAUACGUCGUCAGUGGGAGCUUGCUGGAGAGAAGGAUGUUAGAGAGGGAUUGCAUUCUUCAGCACAUUACUCCGAUCCCACUGCUAAUGCAAAAACUCGCAAAGUGACAUCUGCACCACCAGCACCUGUUUACAAAGGUUUCAACCCACCAGACAAAAAAAUUUCUACUUUAGAUAGUAAGCUUUGCAAGGGAGAGGACAGUUCACAGCUGUAUGGAACCCUUCAACCUUCAUUCCGAGAGGGAAUUUCUACCAAUGAGACAUCUCAAAUGAAGAAGUCCUCUAGACCAGUGCGGAAAGUUCAGAGACUGGUUGAUGGAGGGAGCACAGGGAUCCCUGAGAGUAAACCAGUAAAGGGAAGCAUCAUAAGCACGUCUUCAUGGAGAGAUGGGCAGAAGUUGGUAAAACAGCUCUUGGGCCCCACACCCAAGAUUGAAAAGGAACUUAAAGGUCUGUCUGAUGACAAACAUACCCUUAAGGCAACACCUCCGUUUGAUGGACCAAUAAAUAAGAGGCAAGGCUUCUGUGAAAAAGAUGCUGGCAAGAGGUCUGUGUCCAGUGAAAGGCAAAUAAAGGAGAUUACGAAACCCAGGGGAAAACAAAUCCGCAAAAGAUCUUUGUCACAGGAGAAACAGAUGGAAAAUGAAGAAUUGUCCAGUAAAUCAGCAGCCAGUUCUGUGGGUUAUUCUGAAGCAGUUCGUGAAAUUGAUAAAUACUGCAGGGAUCCAGCUCCCACCACAAGUUCCCAGAAUGAUGACAAAAUAAGGUCGCAUGCAACUCUGGACAACUAUAAUAAGUAUCAAACAGAACCUGCAGAAUUAAAGAAAGAUUUUCUGCCCCUGGAGAUCCAAUGCAUUUUGGAUGACUUGCAGCUUGACAGUGGUAUUGAAGGACAAAAGCAGACAAGAGGCAGAAGCAAAAGUCCUACCAAACGAAAACCGGGAAAAUCACAUGCCCCUCAAGAACCCCACAUCUCCUCUAAGAGAAGGCAUUAUGAUACAGAGCAAGUACGUCUAUACAUUCUUCGUCAACAGGAAGAGAGAAAAAGAAAGCAUAAUGAGGAGAAGGAAGCACAGAAGCAAGCAGAGGAGCAAAAGAACAAACGUUUGCAGGAGCUCUAUCAGAAACAGAAAGAGGCUUUCAGCAAAGCAAAAGGUUGUGCUACUGGGCAGUAUGUUCAAGAGAGAGAGUUACAGGAUGUUAUUUACAAUCACAAAAUAGAGCCAAAGAUACAACAGCCUCCUGAAACUGUCCCAAGACUGAUGCUAAGGCAUGCCUGGUCUGAUCUAUCUGCACAAGAAAAGCAGCCCAAGGUUUUAUAUCAGCCUUCUGGGGAGUCUGACAAAGAAAACAAGGGUCAGGAAAGACCAACAAGUGCCUCUUCAGGAAGUGAUCUCUCCCUCUCUGAGCCUCUGCAACCACUACUUAGGAGUGACCUGGCGGACACAUACAAUCCAACAUUGGACAACAUAUCCUCUAAGGGUCCACUACCUCAAAGUCUUAAUCAGACAAAAGGGGGUGAUUUAAUUCUUUCUCGGUUCCUAACUGUUCCCAAAGACUUAGAAUCUUUGCUUAGCUCUAGGAAAAGCACUGCAAAUCCAGAAACCAACAAAACGUACUUUCAAACAAAACCUCCCUCUAAUUUUCGGACCAACUUGGAUCGGAUUGAGUCUUUAAAGGCUACCGCAGUGUCUUUGUCCUCUAGAAUUGAGAGUGAGGCUAAAAAAUUAGCUGGAGGUUCACUAGCCUUUCCGUCAACUUGGGGCCCUGAACCUGAUCAUAUAAAUAAUAAUACAACUAUUUGGAAAAAACCUGAUAGCCCACCUGAGCGAGAUGGUGGGGAUGAUAUUUUUUCAGCUAGAAUACAGAAGAUGAUUGGUACUUGUGAAAGUCACUUUUCUCAGAAGGACCUUCCUGGAGCUAAUGAUCUGUACAAAAAACUUCCAGAUGAAUUUCUUUCAAAUAGAAACAUCACACAUGGGGGACGUGAGGUCAUAAAUGACAGAAGGCCAUCCCCAGGAAGAGAUGAAAGAUGUAGGAGACCUACUGAUGUUUCCAGUAAUACCAGCCCCUUACAAAACUCUAGCACCAGUUCAAUUAGUGAGGGGUCACUGUUGAGUGAAGGGAGCUUGUCAGAGGGUGAAGGAAUUCCUAGAUGUGGGUCACCACUUUUCUCAAACAAAUUAUUAAAAACAAAAGCAUUUUGCAUGAAGGACCAAGGAUCAAAAAGCAAAUCCUUGGAGCUGCUUGAUGAAUUUAAGAGAGAAGCAGAAAAAUAUGAGCCGUUGGUGACAUCUAGUGCCAAAGGACCCUGGGAAGAGCUUGCAAAAGGGAGCCCAAACAGUGUUAUUAACAUCUUUACCAAGUCAUGCCAACUUUAUAGCAAAGAACUGGAUGGAAGGUUGGAGCGAAAUUCGCCAGCGCUAAAGCCUCCGUAUACUUCAGCCAGCCCCCAAAACAGUGUCUCGUAUGCAGAUGAUUUUAAUUCAUGCCAAGUCAGUCAAAGUGGCAAUCAGAUAGUUCGACAGCAGAGCCUGGACACCAGUGUUUCCAGUGUCAAUGAAGAACUUCCCAAGUCUAGGAAUGAGGGUUCAUCAUCCAGUUCCUCGGGAGCAAGAUCUGCAUCCUCUUCUGCAUCAUACUUAUCUCAGGAAGGAAGCAAGCUGAAAAAAUCUUUUCAGAAUGACAGCUCUCAUUUUCCCCUGGAAGACCAAAGCUCCUCGUCCUCCAAACAUAAAAACCUUGCAAGCAAACACACACCUUUGUCACCUGGGAGGGAGCCAUCAGCUGGCAAUGGCACUGACACUGAUAGCACAAUUGGAGAUCUUUCCUCUCGUUCUGUGACAAGCUUUGACUCAGGAAGAGAUGUGAAAAAUCGUCACACAAAUGUCACAGAAAUUGGAGCGCAAAUUCCAGCACCAACUACCACUACAACUACCGGAGGCUCUGUAACACAACCAUCAGAUUUAGUGUCUGGCACUGUGCAAGGGUCCAAACAUUAUUCACCUAUGGUACUACAACAGCGCAUGUCCGCAGAGUUGAACUAUCUUAGUGCCAUGGAGGAGUCAGUGCGACAGCUAUGUGAUGUGGAACGUGUCCGUGGAAUUUCACUGGCUCAACAGGAAACUGUGUCAUUAGCACAGAUCCUGAAGGCUCAGCAGCAACGCCACGAGCAGAACAUGGCUGCUCUGAGGCAACAGGCAGAGCAGGAAGCCCAGGCAAGCUUGAGGCAACUAGAAGACGCACGUCAAAAAGCUGCACAGGCCCAAGCUGAAAUUCUACAGAGGUUCCAGAAGACACUAGAUACAUCCAAUCCAUUGAAACAAGAUCAGGUGUUGGAGGAAUUAGCUCACAGUUACUUGUCAUCCAGUUCUGAUCGAACAAUAAACUCACUCGAUGAUCCACAGAAUCUGCAGCGCCCCUUUGGAAUUUGGAAAAAGGAAUCAAACUCUCUGUCUACAUCCCCCCAACCUACCAGUAGUGCCUCAAGUAUUAAAGAGCAUCUGCAAAGCAGUAGUUGUCAUGAAAGUCCACCCACCUCCUCUGUCACUGAAGCAAUCAGAAGUGAAAGUAACACGGGGGAAAGCAUUGCUGAGGAACUUGCAACACCGGGGAAUGAGAGUUUACAAGAAAAUAGCAUCUCAACCAUACACGAAAAAGAUUCACAGUCCACAGUCUCUGUUAAUGAAGAAGGCAUGGAAGAACAAUCAUUCCGCUCUUUGCUGCCAUCAGAGGCUCAUCGCCGAGGAAGCCUAGAAAGACAGCGCAGCCAGAGGCAUGAAUCUGAUGAGGAGAGCACCCCUGAGAAGGAGCUAAGUGGCCCUUUUGCAAGUGGACAGGACAGUUUUUGGAAAUUCACUUUGGAGAUGGUGCGUCAGUACAUGCAGGAAGGAGAAAUGCGCUCAGCACACCAGUCUGCUCUUCUUCGUCUGCGUCAAAAAGCCCUCAAAGAUAAAACUAAGGCAGAGCUUGCCUGGCUGGAACACCUAAAGAGGAGGUUGCGUGAUAAAGGAGAGGAUGAUAAAAUGCCUCCUUUGAGGAAGCGCCAGCGUGGUCUGUUGCUAAGGCUACAACAGGAGCAGGCUGAAAUUAAGCGUCUCCAAGAAGCAAACAAAGCAGCUCGUAGAGAGAGACAGCUUAUCCUUAAACAGCAAGAGGAAAUCCAGCGCAUUCAGAACAGCACUUUGAGACUGCAGGAAAAGCUUAAAUCUGCAGAGAACGUGGAGCAUCCCAGUGAACUGGAAAUCCAGCCAAGUUCUGCAUCCAGCCAUGUUGCCUCUGAUGCAGAUAGUCGCAGCCCAUCACCUGUAUCUGUAUCUGGAAGUGAGACGAGCAGCAUUAUGCAGAAACUACGCAAGAUGCAUAGUCACAUGGAUGCCAAAGACAUCUGCCCUGUUCACUGCUUCUUCUCUGUCUUUACGCCCCAGCACUGGGCCUCUCUCAGUGUGUGUUUUCCCAAACUUCACCCCAAAUUCCAGCUCUAUAUCUGCCGCCAACUGCUCAGAUUCUUAACUAAAAGGGAGCAACAGCUGGUACAGAGAAGGUUACAUGCCCAGGAAUUACUGGAGUGGAAACAGAGACUGGACGAGGAGGAACUUGAAAUUAGGCAUAUAGAGAAGCAAGCAUUAGCUGCAUGGGAUAACCAGAAAACCAACAAAAGAAGUAUCUUGGAUGCCAGAGACAAAGUGGUAGAAGAAAAGAAUGAAAAAGAAGGCUCUUCAGUCCCAUCCAGUCCUUCAGUGCAAACAAACACCUCUGGGAGCCUCCCGCCAGAGUAUGUAGCCUCUGAGCUCAGCGAGGCAGCCAUCAGUGAGAAAAUCCUGGAACAGACUGAGGAGCACAGCAGCAUCUCCGAGGAACUGCUCCCAUUGUCACAUAGCAAAGGGUCUCUACUUCAAAGCAACAAAUCUCUAAGGGGCGGAGAAUCAAGCAAGGAUAGUGUUGUUGGGCAGCAAACGCAUACCCCACUGAGACCACACCACUCAUCUCAUACAUGGUCUGAAGAAUCAUUGUCCAUAACACAUUCAGAGACCACAUCUGAUCAGAGUGAUAUUGAAGGUCGUAUUCGAGCACUGAAGGAUCAGUUGAAAAAACGCAAGUCAGUAGUGGAUAGUUUGAAAAGAGAACAGAAAAAAAGGCAAAAAGAAAGGCUUCGAGCACAGGAAGCCAUUCUACUUCAGCAACUGAAGUCGUAUGAUGAGUAUAUCCUAAAGACACAAGCUGAACUCAGUGAAGAACAUGGAACAGCAUCUGCUCCAAAAAAUGCUUUGGCUUCAACUGGGACAAACCUUACAAAAUCAGACUUAACUUCCAGGUUUGUUGAUACACCUACAUAUAAGACGGUGAGCGUGAAUGAGAAGCAAGUGGACUUCACUACUGAUGGAAGUGUUAGCCAAGAAAUCUCCUCUGCCAGCAAUAACGAGGUUUCAAAAAAGACUACAUUGGAGCACUCAUCUGUUACUGUCUCUUCUAAAGAUAAUGAAAGUUCUACCAUCCAACCCCGUCCAUUGUCUCCUCCAUUAAGGGAUCGCUCACUUACGGCAACUCCUGACAGUCCAGCGUCCAGUAUCCACUCAGAGAUCCCGGAAGAGAUGCUAGAAAGUCACUUGUCUGAAUCACCUCUUCCUGCUGCUUUAAACCUUAACCUGAGGAGCCCAACACCAGAAGAAAAAGUGUACCUUAGUAGAGAUCACUCCUAUUCUGAUGAUUUUGAGGCUUCUGCUCCUUUUAGGCAUUCAGUAUCUGAAACUCCUCGUGAGGAGCUGGAGGUGUCCUACGCAACUACUCCUGGUAGAGAACUUCCCAGUGAUCAUGAGGAGGAGCAUAGUGAAUCCAGGUCAGCAAGUCCACAUGUUGUAGAGUCCUCGACUAUAAACCCACCUUCGCAUGAUCUCUUGAUCUCCAGUGAAAUUACUGAUCCUCUUGCUCAACUUUGUUUGGGAGACAGGGUUUUGGUGAGUGGAGUUCAACCUGGUACAUUACGUUUCAAAGGGACAACUCUCUUUGCAGAAGGUCUGUGGGCAGGCAUAGAGCUUGAUAUGCCAGAAGGCAAUAAUGAUGGAUCUCAUGGAGGUUCACGCUAUUUUAACUGCAAACACCAGUAUGGUAUAUUUGCCCCUCCACACAAAAUCACUUUUUUAUCACAGGGAAAGCAAAUUCAACUUCAUAAAGAAGAAUACUUCUUAAGUGGUGAAGCGUCUCUUGACCAUAAAAAUGAGACUGAUGUUGGUCUAGCUGAGCCAAAAUCUGAACAGAAUGCAACACUGGAAGUUACAGAGCAUCUUAUUGAAUCUCAAGAUAAAACCGAUCAAAAUCUGUUUCUUAGCGGUGAUUUUAACCUUGACAUAACUACAGAAACCCCUUCUGUCAAGGAGGAAGAGAAAGAGCCCAACACACCUCUUGUAGACUUGUUAAUCAAAGAUGAAAAUGAGCCAGAUGCCUUAAAGGAGCAAGCACCCAAUCUUAACAUACUUUCAGAAAGUCUUAUGCAGUAUUGCCUGAAGGAUACAAUUAGCUACAUCCAAAAUUUACGCAAACAACGGGAAGAAAAGAUUCAGCAAAGCAACCAAGAGCUACAUAAUUCUCCCACCACCAGCAGCCUUUACCUUAAUAACAAAGAAGCACCAAAUGAUGAUAUACAUCCACAAUUGGAUCUGGCAGAGAUUGAGCCAGGUUGUAGCCUCCUCUCUGUCUUUGCCGAGGAGCCUGACUGGUUUGAUGAAGAUUUUGGACUGAGUACCUGCAGAGCCCAGCAGCGAGAGAUGAAGCAGGCUCAGCUUGUCGAGCCCACCCCAGAGCCUUGUUUAUUAGUACCAGAGCCCAUACCCAAGCCCUUACUUCCAUUGCUGCAACCAGAACCUUUCUUGGCAGUGCCCCACACUGCACUGAAAGUGGAGCAGCUUGUGUGUGUGGCUGCAGAUGAGCUCUGGAAAUGGAAAGAACUAAGUGGAGAUCUUCAGGAGAUCCGUAAAAUGUAUGCACAGGAUGGUGAUGAAGAACAAAACCCAGCAAGAUGUGCUUACAAGGCGGUGGUAUUUGACCUAACACAUCAAAUAUUUGAGGAGAUAUGCUGUUCAGAUCAAAUGGAGAUGCAGCCUGCUUGGAAGAAGCCUUCCAGAGUGUCUCCAACAUAUGCCCGUCGAGUGAGAGAUCCACACAACCUAGAGGAAAUCAAGUUUAUCCUUAUUGAUGAAGUUCUCAGUCUCCUGAGUCUGAAGAAAGAACAAAACCACAAAACAGACUGGCAGAGAAUGAUGAAGUUUGGAAAGAAGAAAAGAGACCGAGUAGAUCAAAUUCUGGUAAAAGAACUGCACGAGGAGGAAGCACAGUGGGUAAAUUAUGAUGAGGAUGAAUUGUUUGUGAAGAUGCAGUUGGCUGAUGGGAUUUUUGAAGCCUUAAUUCAGGAUACAGUGCAUGUUCUUCAAAGCAUCCAGCAAAAGAAAAAUCUCUUGAUGCUGGUUUAAUACUACCGUACCUCUCCUGGUCUUCACCGCACGUGACUUGUGAACAUAAGGGCUCUAUCCAUGAGGAGCAAAGAGAUGGAGAUGGUGCUGUGCAUAGAAAUGAAAAGUUUUGCACCCUGUAAGAAGUGACCGAUAGUAGGUUCCCGUACUGCUACUUGAAUUGUGAACCAGACACUAUGGUCCCUUCAUUUGUAAAUGUUAAUGUCCCCCUUUAAAUUAUUUACAUAUCAUAAAUUGUUUUCAGAUGAAUCUGUUCAAUCCAAGGAAGGAAUUUCCAUGCAGUUUCAUAUUGCCUUUAUCAAGGCCAAACUGUAAGAAGUAUAAAGGGUGUGUGAUGCUGACAAGGGUUAUAAAUUAGCAUGAAAGCGUGUGAGGUAGGGUGUGUACAGCUGCCUCAUCAAGUGUCCUUAAUUUCUUGUAAUACUUGAAAAGUUGGGUGUACAGUGUCUCGUGUAGGCGAUUGAAUCUCUCCCAAUGUAAGUCUUGUGAGAAACAGAUGGAAAAAGCAUUUCUUUUACAAAACUGUUUUCAUGUAAAUGAACAAUACAUGACAAGGGGGUAACAAAGGAUCAACAUAAUUUAUUAAAUGAAUUCUACCACAAUACACUCAUUUUUCAAGAACAUUGGUCAAAUAAAACCUAGAAGUAGUGUAUGUAAGCAGAAUUUGCAUUGUUUUCAAAUCUCUAUCAAAGAUGAUCUCAUGGAAUUCUCUUCCCUCCAGUACAUUUCACUUAUAGCACUUAAUCACACUCUUUUACUGAGUUCCCUGUAGUCUGGAAGUCUCCAGCUGUUGCUGGGGAGAUUUUAAAUUUUUUUUUUACAACACGGCAGUCAGUCAGUACAUAGUGUAAUAUGGUUAGCUAAUGUGGUCAUCACUUUCUACGAGGCCAUCAGUCAUUGUAUGCAGCAGAUAUAAGCUACUACUGAAUCUGAGCUGGUCAGUCAGUGUGUUAUCAUAUGACCUCUAGUGGUUGUGGUGAGAUCAGCAACCAAACAAAAUGGCAGGUGCUAACCCCCAAGUCAGCCAUUUGUUAGAUCUGUAUUCAUGUAAUUGGGUCAGUCAAACAAUAGACUGAAUAAAUCUCCGUCAAAGCAGCACCUUUAGAGUGGCAUAGUUGGUCAACUUUAGAAUCACAGUAAAGAUAACACUAUUUUAAUAUCGGUACUAGCAACUGUUUUUGUGGCAUGUCAAUUACCUUGAAUCAAUGGACUAAACACUGUGAUAAAUGUCAUUACAUGGCACUAGUGGGGCAGAUGCCCACUUACUCAGAACUGAAAAAAAAGCUUUACAUGAACCAUCAAUACUAUGCACUGGUAUAGGACCUAGAAAACGUCAACAAAAAUGUCAUUAAUUUAUUUUUAUUUGCAUUAUAAUCUUUUCAUUUGCAUGUUACUCCUAAACCAUCUCAACUGUGUUAAAGGUAAGACAGCUGAUGUCCUGGACAAAGCAGCACAAAAGAGGCUGUGCCUGUAAUAUCACUUUUUUUCAGAGAAAGAGAGUCUGCUCAGCAUUGGCUCCUCUUGCAGAUCACUUCAAGGUGUCACUGGCAGCAGACUUGGAUUCUCUCCAGUGCUGUUGCCCACAAUGCUGCAUUGUAAAUCCUUUGUUUUGUAUAGGUCUGGUAAAAGCCAACAGGAAAAUGUACUGUAACAAACAUAGAAAAAAAAAAGCUGUAAAUAAAUAUUGAUUUGAG